AUCGUACUGGCGGACUGUCCGGGCGUAUUAUUUCAAUAAUAUAUGAUUUUGGUUAAAUUAUACGGCACGGGCUGCUGCACAAUGACGGCGGCAUGCGGUCCCGGGUCCGCCUUGAAUUGGAUGCGCCGCUCUGGCCACGGAUUCGGUUUGAUCCGAGUCACGCGAGUUGGCAGGCCGGCGCGCCAACGCACCACCCACCCCACCACCCACCGCUUCCUUUGCACGAAAACAACAAUCGGAUUCCGGCAGCAAAUGGACCACACAAUACCGCCCAAGGAGUUUAAAUGGACGCCGGGCAACCUGAUCAACGAGCACUUUAAGUUGGGCGACCAUGGGCAUGUUUGCGUGGUGCUCAACAGGCAGAUCCAAGUGCCUGCGCACGUGGUGAAACUGCUGUGGAAGAACGCCGCCGUGCGAUGUGCUGUCGAUGGGGGCUCCAACCACUGGCGUGACUUUGUCGUGGGUCAGGCAAUGGCAAAGAAGUCCAAUGGCUCAGCGGCCACCACACCACUUGAACCGCUCGACGUGAUAACGGGUGACUUUGACUCGAUCACUGAGGACACGGUGGAUUUCUUCAAGACCACGCCGAAAGUCCAUACACCCGACCAGGAUGCAACAGAUUUCACAAAAGCCAUGGCCGUGCUGCAGCCCUUAAUGGCGAAGCGUAAAAUCCAGGAUGUUGUUGUGUUCCAUGACACUUCCGGUCGCUUGGACCAGGUCAUGGCCAACCUAAACACGCUGUACAAAUCGCAAAAGGAUAACUGCAAUGUCUUCCUUCUAAGCGGCGAUUCGGUGACGUGGUUACUUCGGCCGGGAAAGCACACGAUACAGGUGCCCAUUGACCUAGUCACCAGCCAACGAUGGUGCUCCCUCAUGCCCGUGGGAUCCUCCGCGCACAACGUCACUACCACGGGCCUCAAGUGGAACCUAUAUCAUGCUCAACUGGAGUUUGGCGGUAUGGUAAGCACCUCAAACACCUAUUCGACCGAGUUCGUCCAGGUGGAGACGGACGCAAACCUGAUUUGGUCUAUGGGCGCCUAUGAGUUUGAGGAUAAGGUGCGACAGGCCGCCAAGACAUAGAUGGUAAUGGAUGGUUCUAAGUACUUAAGAGAGGUUUAUAUUACACCAGUCUACAUUGUUGAUGACCAAAGCUGCAUCCUUUGUUAUUGUUUUCUUGCGGGGUUACAUCUAUAGUGCUAUUAUUGUUUAACGAAAUUAAAGUUAUUGUAAAAAUUUGUAGUGAUAAGUUCUUAAGUUUAUUAACUGAAAUUUAAGGUGUUAAAUUACAAUAAGGAACAAAAGCGGACAAACAAUUAAUAAACUGAAGACAUUGCUUAUA